CAAGGCCGCGGAAGCUGCCCACACCUUCUUCGUCGCCAACCCGGAGCACAUGGAGGUCCAGCAGGACAUCGAGAAUUACCGGACGAUGGCGGGGAAGGCGGAUCUGGUGGACCGAGAGGCCAGGCCACACAUGGAGGACUACCUCGCUGGGGUCCGGCUCUACGACCAGGAGGCGUUCCACCAGGCCAUCGACUUGCUGGAGCGGGCGCUGCGUGAGUACGGCGUCGCCGACCUGGAGUGCCGCGUCUUGUGCGAGGCGCCGCAGAGGUUUGCGGAAUACGAGUACCUGGACUACAAGGCCAGCCUCUUCGAGGCGGUGGCAGAGCACUACCUGCAGGUCCUGGUGUGCCAGCACGAGUGCGUGCGGGAGCUGGCGACGCGGCCCGGCCGGCUCUCGCCCAUCGACAACUUCCUGCCGCUGCACUACGACUUCCUGCAAUUCGCCUACUACAGAGUUGGCGAUUAUGCCAAGGCGCUGGAGUGCGCCAGGUCAUACCUUCUGUUCCACCCGGAUGAUGCGGAUGUCCUGGAUAACGAGAGCCACUACGAAAGCCUCCUGGGCGGCUCUGUGGACCUUCGCAGCAUCAGACCCAGGGAGGAGGCCGUGAUGUUCGUGCAGCGACACAAGCUGGAGGCGCACCUGCUGCAGACGGGGGCCGCCGGGCUGGGCUUCCUGUACACGGAGCCGACGUACUGGAGUGUCUCUGGGGACCGCCAGGACGGGCAGAGGUUCCCCUCAGAGGUCGCAAGUGAGCAAGCAGAUUGCUCAGGGGGGCCGCCUGAGAAAAGGGCCCUGCCGAAGCCGGACCGCGAGCCGAGGGAAGGCGGCCCCCUGCUCUUCGGCGACGUGCAGUUCGUCUACAACUCGGAGCAGCUGAACGGGUCGCAGCGGGUGCUGCUGGACAACGUGAUCUCGGAGGAGGAGUGCCGGGAGCUGCAGCACGUGGCCAGCGGCAUCGUGCUGGCCGGAGACGGGUACCGGGGGAAGACGUCGCCUCACACGCCCAACGAGAGGUUCGAGGGGGCCACCGUCCUCAAGGCCCUGAAGUUCGGCUACGAGGGCCGCGUGCCCCUGAAGGGCGCCCGCCUCUUCUACGACGUGAGCGAGAAGGCCCGCCGGAUCGUGGCCUCCUACUUCCGGCUCAACUCCACCCUCUACUUCUCGUACACGCACCUAGUCUGCCGGACGGCACUGUCAGGCCACCAGGAGCGCAGGAAUGACCUGAGCCACCCCAUCCACGCCGACAACUGCCUCCUGGACCCCGAGGCCAACGAGUGCUGGAAGCAGCCCCCCGCCUACACCUUCCGGGAUUACAGUGCUCUCCUGUACAUGAACAGCGACUUCGAAGGCGGAGAAUUCAUCUUCACCGAGAUGGAUGCCAAGACGGUCACGGCGUCGGUCAAGCCCAAAUGCGGGCGGAUGAUCAGCUUUUCGUCCGGUGGGGAGAAUCCGCACGGCGUGAAGGCGGUCACGAAAGGCCAGCGCUGCGCCGUCGCCCUGUGGUUCACUCUGAACCCGCUGUACCGGGAGCUGGAGCGAAUCCAAGCAGAUGAAGUCAUCGCGGCCUUGGAUGAGGAGCGCCUCGGACCCCGUGAGCUUGGCAUCAACCCCAAGGAUGAGCUCUGAGCUAGGCCAAGGACACACAAAUUGAAAUAUUUAUUUAAUAUUUGUCUCAAA